CAUACCUUUUAGUCCAAAUUCAGUCCCCUCUCGCUGCGUUUCUCUCUUUCUUCUUAACUCACGCCAUAAUCCCCCCAAUCUGCUCAGAAACCCUUUCCUCAAAAAUUCUCCCUCAAUUUCCGACGAGUUCCGCCUACACUUCUCUCAACUCGUGUCUCGCUAAUUCUCUCGUUCCUCACGCAAAUAAAGGGGAAAUUCCUAAAUAUGCAAUUCUCUCGUCCCUCUCCCUUAUCUCCAUAAAUUCCGACGAAGACUACUCAUUUACAGUAGGGUUUCACUUUUCUCUUGAUCAUAAUUAUUUCCAUAUAGUUAAUCUUCCCACCACCACUAUACAUUUAAUCCCAAGCAUGAGUUUCAAAGAAUCCGAUCAGUUUUGAGUACUCCUUUUUGGAUUAGUCAAACAAUGGAUGAAUGGAAAGAUUACGGAACUGCAGAAGCAAACAGCGGUGAGCUCCACGAUCGAGAUCGACUGAGUGAGUUACCCGACUCUUUAAUUAUUGAAAUCCUUUCAUUGUUGGAUAUGAAAGAUGUUGUUCGGACAUCCCUUCUCUCCCAACGCUGGAGAAACCUCUGGUCCACCAUCCCCUGCCUUGAUCUCUUGGAACAAACUACAAGUAUUAUUUCUAGUGUUCUUGCACAAUGGAAAGGCCCCAAGAUUCUGAAAUUUUGCUUAUCUUUCCGUAGUUUGACUGUGGGCCCUAGUAGUGUUAUUGAUUCAUGGCUGCUUUUUGCUAUCGAAAAACAUGUGGAAGAGCUUUUUCUAGUCUUGACAAACUGGCGAGAUCGUGAUAGUUACUGCUUACCUCAUGAUAGUUACUGCUUACCUCAGCCCUUGUAUUCAUGCUCCUCGAUUACAAAAUUAACUCUUGACCAUUGUAAGCUGAGAAUUGAGGAGAAUGUGCAGUGGAAUCAACUCAAGAUAUUAAAAAUUAAAUCUCUGGACGGGUUGAGUGGUGAUGCCAUAAACCAAAUUCUUUUGGGUGCUCCUCGGUUGGAAGAGCUGCUUUUGAAGUAUUUAAAUAUUGGUGAAAAUGAAAACUUCAAUAUCCAAUCUACUAGUUUGAAGAUGCUCAAGAUACACAUGUGUCAAUGGCCUUCAACUACAGUGCUGGGAAUUUGGGCUCCUAAUCUCUUGAACUUUCAAAUUUACGCUCGUAUUGAUGGUACUUUUUUGUUGGAUGUCCCGUCUUUAGCUGAUGCAAUUCUUUGUUUUCUGCACAAGGGAGAUGUAGCAAUACAAUUUGAAAUGUUUAAUCAUGUUUUCCGAAGCAUCCGCCAUGUUGAGAAGGUCACGUUAUCACAUUGGUGCAUUCAGUUGCUUGUCGAAUUAAAGAAUAAAGAUAUGGUUACGCCGUUGUCAAAUUCUAAGAUUCUAAAGCUGUACAAUGUAAAUGCCAAAGCUAUGCUUGAUUUGGUUGGGAUGAUGUUUCCCAAGCUGGAGAGGUUAAUUGUUCAUCAAAGCAGCCGCCAGGGUACUCAUGUUACCUCUGGUGAAGAGAUUCAUAUUGCAAUGGUUGAUGCAUGUAAUUCGCUGGCGUCUGCUAAGAUGACUUUUCCUAGUCCCUCUCUUCUCCAUCUAAAGACAUUUGAGGCUACUUGGUCAAUGCGCAAGCCUUCAAUAAUUCUGGCGAUACAAAUUCUGUUGGAGAAGGCUUGCAUACUUGAAAAGAUGGUUAUUCGACUAAGACGCCACGAAUCUGAUCCAGAGACAUUCGUUUUGGCACAAGAGAAGGUGCUGAGUAUGCCGAGGUCCUCUCCUACUGCACAAGUCAUCAUAAGCUUAAUUGAUUCAUAACUGUUAAGUCAUCCUCUACUUGGAGCUGCAGUAGCAGUUAUUAUUGAUGUUGGCUGUAAUUUUGGCAUUUUGAAUGAGUUCUUUGUCUCAGUGCUUCAGACUCUCUGCUGGAAGAUGUACCCUGUUUAAUUACAGCAAAGUUGUUGACUUGUUA